AGGCACUGACACGUGGGUCCGGUGGCUCCACAUGCACCCGACGCCGCCUCCUGCUCCGGGCCGCUCCAACUCUCCGGCGGCCGCCUCGCGCCUUCUCCCCCGCCGGGGGAGCGCCGCCGCGGGGCACCAGCUGCACGCGGUCCUCUUCAAGCACGGGCUCCUCCACCACCCGGCCUUCCUCCGCGCGCUCCUCUCCCGCCUGCCGCCUUCCUCCGCGUCGACGCUCGCCCUCCUCCUCUCCGCCGCUCCAAGCGCCCUCUCCCCGCCGCUCUACUCCCCGGCCAUCUCCGCGCUCGCCUCCUCGCCGUGCCCGGCCGCCUCGCUCGCCGUCUUCAACCGCGUCUCCAGGCUCUCCCUCCCCACCCCGCUCCCCGCCUUCCCCGCCCUCCUCAAGUCCUGCGCCCGCGCCUUCGGCCUCUGCGCCGCCGCUGACGGCGGCGGAGAGGGAUUCGUCUCCAAGGGCAUGGAGCUCCACGGCCGCGUGCUCAAGCUGGGCUGCGGCGGGGACCGGUACGUGCAGAACGCGCUCGUGUCCAUGUACGGCAAGCUGGGCCGGCUCGGGGACGCCCGGAAGGUGUUCGACGGGAUGCCUGCAAGGAACGCCGUCUCCUGGAACGCGCUCGUAGCCGCACAUGGCGCCACGGGGGACUUGCAUGGUGUGGAGCUGUUGUCUCGGGAAAUGCCUGAGAGGAGCGUGUCAUGGUGGAACGCGGAGAUAACACGGCACGCGAGGGUCGGUGAUAUGGAGGCGGCGGCGAGGGUGUUCAGGGAGAUGCCUGGUAGGGACGCUGUGUCAUGGAACUCUCUGAUCGGUGGCUACACGAAGCUUGGGAGGUAUGUGCAAGCGUUGGAGGUCUUCCGGGAGAUGCAGGACAGUGGAGUUGAGCCGACCGAGCUGACGCUUGUGUCGGUUCUCGGGGCAUGUGCGGAGAUUGGCGAGCUUGAACUAGGGAAGGGUGUCCACGGUUAUAUUGGCAGCAAGGGAGUUGUGGCUGACGGCUAUGUCGGCAACGCGCUCGUCGAUAUGUACGCGAAAUGUGGCAGUCUGGAGCUUGCCAGGCAGCUCUUCGAAAGCAUGUCAACCAGGGACAUUACGUGCUGGAAUGCGAUGAUCGUUGGGUUCUCGGUCCACGGCUACUCACGCAAGGCUCUGGAGCUCUUCGAUGCCAUGAGAGUUGAGCCUGACCAUGUCACAUUUCUCGGUGUCUUGAUUGCCUGCAGCCACGGUGGCCUGGUGGAUGAGGGGAGAGUGUACUUUCGUAGCAUGACUGAAGACUACAAAAUUGUGCCGGGUGUGAAGCACUAUGGCUGCAUGGUAGAUAUGCUCUGCCGCUGUGGGAAAGUUGCGGAAGCUUAUCAAAUGAUCAAUCAUAUGCCUGUGAAGGCAAAUUGUGUGCUGUGGAAGAUGGUGUUGGCUGCAUGCCGAGUGCACGGGCACAUUGACCUUGCUAACAAGGCAUUUCAUGAACUGCAUCAGUUGAUGCCAAUUGACGACGGGGAUGUCAUCACAGUAUCAAAUGUUUAUGCAGAAGCAAAGAGAUGGGAUGUUGUCGAGCAUCUAAGAACGAAGGUGAUUGAACCUGGUGUUUGGAAGCAUGCCGCACAUAGUCAGGUUGAUGCAACAUAGUAAAUAUUCGCUGCCACAAACUGGAGAAGACAAUGACCGGCUUCAAUUCCAGGAGCCUAAUCUGGCGAAUUCAGUUUACAGCCAGACCGCAGCUCCAACAGUUGCACCUUGAUGUAAUAUUCUAGACCGUUAUCGCUUCUGAUCCUCCAAGUGAAGACCCAAGAAAACUGGCAAGUUCGUAACCGUUCUGAGCUCCUUAAUCUUUUGACACAUCAUACUUGAGAUGGCCCGUUGAGCUGAAAAUUGCCUGUUUUAACGGUGUGGCGUUCCAAAACCCUUGAAAAUUAAGCUUCAUUUUCUUUCAGUCGGAUUGCUUAUUUCAGUUCUAGUUUUGGAGGAGUAAGCAUCACAGUUUUCAAAGAAACACCUUGUUUACAAACAAUCAAAACGAAAACUGGCCAUUUUGGCGGUGUCACUUUUGUUUGCUGAACUUACUGAAUCUGGCUAUGUUUUGAUGGUCUGGAGAAACUGUUUCAGUUCUUUUUUCGGAGGAGUCAGCAUCACAGUUUCGAAAACCACUGCGAAGCCUAUUUCAGGGGCUCUGUUGUCUGUUGAUUUUGUGGCAAGGUGCAGGAUGCCACCAAUGGCAAUUGCUGGAAAUAAGUUAAUUGGGAGCUGUAAGCAAGGUAUUGACCAUGUCACAUUUCUCGGUAUCUUGACUGCCUGCAGCCACAGUGGCCUAGUGAACGAGGCAAGAUCAUAUUUUUGUAGCAUGACUGAAGACUACAAAAUUGCGCCGAAUAUGAAGCACUAUGGCUGCAUGAUAGAUAGGCUCUGACGCUGCAGGAAAGUUGCAGAAGCCUAUCAUAUGAUCAGUGAUAUGCCUUUGAAGGCAAACUCUGUGCUGUGGAAGAUGGUGUUGGCUGCAUGCCGGUUACACGGGCACAUCGACCUUGCUAAUAAGGCUUUUCACGAACUUCAUCAGUUGAUGCCAAUCGAUGAUGGGGGUGUCAUCAUGGUGUCAAGCAUUUAUGCAGAAGCAAAGAGAUGGUAUGACGCUGAGCACUUGAGAAUGAAGGUGUUCGAACCCAGUUUUUGGAAGCAUGGCGCACACAGCAAAGUUGAUGUAACAAACUGCAGUGAAUAAUGACCGGCUUCAGUUCCGGGAUUCUGAUUUGGCAUUUGAGUUCAGAACCAGACAGUAGCUCGAACAGCUCGAUGUAAUUUUCCAGACCAUUCCCCGCUAACCCUCGAAGUGAUGACUGAGGAGAACUGUCAAACUUACAGGCUGGACCCUGUGCAGGGAACAGCAAGCAGUAUCAGCUGGUGAUGUGUUGUUGCUUCCAUCUGUGCUCACAUCACCUCGCGAUUCUGUGGCACGAAAUUUGUCCAUUUGCAAAGCAGGCAAGAACAUUUCAAGGAGUUUCAGCAUUCUGAUUCUGAUCAUUUUCAGUAUUAUUUGGGUAUAUUGGCAUUUGCUUUUGGUAAGCUUCUUGCUUAACUCCUGAAUACAUGUACGAGUUGUGUUACCCUGGAGGAUACAUUAACUUCGUGAACCCUCAUUUUAGUAGAACACAACGCUCUACUAUGUUAGUAGAAGUAUUUUAUAAAAAAUUACGAUACAAAUACUACACACCUUAACAGGUAGUUAUAAGAGGUUUCAUAUUCUGCAAAUUGUCUUACAUAAAGUCAUUGUUGUCUGGUUGAUAGACUAAAUGACCCUUUAAGUAUGUUGUAUGAAGAUGAUCUCUUGACUGCAAUACAUGGUAAACACCAAAGCAAUGCUUCAGAAAAAGCAAUUCCAUCUGCCACCUUAUGAGUGUGUUCUGUGCAAUCUACUUCAAGUGAGAUCAGGGAGAUCAUCUUUCAACCAUUAGACUUAAGAUCUGAAAUGUAUAUGAUAUGGAAGAUUGAGAAUAGUGAUCAAUCUAUGUAUGAUCAGUCAAGCACAAGAUUUAUGCUAACAGCUUGCAAUAGUUUUGAUGUAUCCUGUGAUACUUACGGCAUCUAGCAAUCAUUUAUUCAGAGUGAAGAAAUGGUUGCAAUGGUGAUCCAUGCUUCCUUUAGUCUGCCAGAUUGAUGAACUUGUUUUAAUGUCUUCCGACGCACCUGCACAGAGGCUCUCCACGAAGUAAAUUUUCAAGCUGGCAACGUAGCGAGCUCAUGUAAAUAUUUACUUUGGUUCUCCAAGUGCUGAAGGUGCUCUUUUGAUGAGGCAGUAGCUCUAGGCAAGAUUAGCACAUGCCAGAUCACGCAAGCGAGGAGUUGAUCUUUCAGCGUACCCUUGUAAUUGUAAAUGGUUCAACGACAAUUUUGGCAUCAAAUUCUGUAUAUUUUCAUCUAGUGAGUUCUUACAAGAUCAGAAGUUUCAGUUUUUUCUUUAAUUCAUGUAAGUCUGUUCUUGACAUGGAUGGAAAUGGCAAAGAGAUUGAGAUCU